CAUAACUCAUGCAAAGCCCUUGAUAGGAGGGUUAGUUAGAGGGUACUUCAAGUCCAAAGCAACACCACUUCGCCACCAACUCUACUCUUACUUUUUUUUCUUUUUUUUUUCUUUCACUUCUUCCAUUAAUUAACUCUCUUUAUCUCAGCAUUGAGUCAAUUCUGUAAGUGAAACGCCAUGACCUCGCCGCAGGAAACGCCAAACGAUGAAUCCCAAUCAGAUCCCCAAUUGAAUUCCCCGGCCCUCACCGUGCUCCCAAAUGCACCCGAUUGCCGCCCCCUCACCCUGUGCCUGCGAAACGACGCCGUCGACAUGCGCCUGCCGCAUGCGGAGCCUCUCCGCCGCUCUCCCAGGCUCAGCUCAGCUCCGGCCGCCGCGGGAAGCGCCAAUGCGGGUUCCGGAAAGGGAAAGCGGAAGCGGAAGCUGUCGCCGGAGGAACGGCAAUCUCUGAGAAGCUCCUCGCGAUUCUCGACACCUCAACUCGUUGAGGAAAAGAGCUCACCACGGAAGAGGUUGAUGUCCCAUGCAAAGGACGACCUUGGAGUUGGAUUAAGCAAUGGUUUCAAUAUUCAUUCAGAUGCCAAGCCUGGAAUGGUGAGAAGUUCUCACGGGAAGUUCUUUGAUGAGAAGCGAUUGAGGCAGUCCCCAAGAUUAAAUCCAUCAAGUGAGGUAUAUGUAGAAAAGAUUGAUGUGAAACGGUAUGGUGCAUUGGAGCUUAGGAGAUCUCCAAGACUUUCAUCUUCAAGUGGGAAUGAAAACAUGGAAAUUAAUGUUCUUCAGGGGAAAAUAACAUCAAAAGGAGUUCACCAAAAGAAGAAAAAUACAAAAGUGAUUUCUACUUCCAUUAAAUUGUCUAAUUCACCAGAUGAGCAGCAUUUUGAGGUUGAAACCAUCUCAAGAAGCUCUACUCCCGGAAUUGAUGAUACAAAACACUUGAGAUGGUCUUCAGAAGCAAUCACAUCCACAUCCUGGGAUGAAAAUGGCAGAACAACUUCUAAUUCCUUUGCCUUGCCUGAGUUAGAUGACAACCCACCAAAAAAGAAAUAUAAAAUGUCUACUUCUUCAACUAAGAUAAGUAUGGAUUCAGAAAGAAUUCCUUCCUUCAUUGGUGAUCCAAUACCUGAUGAUGAAGCUCAGAAAAGAUGGGGAUGGCGUUAUGAAUUAAAGGACAAAAAAUGUAAAGACCAAAUUUUCAAAAUAAACGAGGGUGAAGAAGAUGAGAUUAUUGCAAAUGUCGAAUGCCAUUAUGCACAGGCUGAAAUUGGGAAUUGCAUUUUUAGUCUUGGCGAUUGUGCAUUAAUAAAAGGGGAAGGAGAACAAAAUCAUGUUGGCAAGAUUAUUGAAUUUUUCCAAACAACUCAUGGUCAAAAAUAUAUCCGAGUCCAAUGGUUUUACAGAAUUCAAGAUACAGUUGUCCAAGACGAAGGUGGUUUUCAUGACAAGAGGCGUUUAUUCUAUUCUUCAAUAAUGAAUGAUAACUUAAUAGAUUGUAUAAUAGGAAAAGCUAAUGUCACUCAAAUAACACCUAGGGUUGGUUUGAAGUUGGCUUCAAUUUCACCAUCUGACUUUUAUUAUGAUAUGGAAUAUUGCGUGGAUUACUCUUCAUUCCGCAACAUACCAACAGAUAAUCCUGUCAAGACUAAUGAGUUAUCCCCAGCCACUGUUCUAGAGAGACUCUCAACAGAUGCCUCUGCAAUAACGGAGACUCUACCCCGUUCUGAGUUUAACAAGACAGAAUUAACAUUAUUAGAUCUCUUUUCUGGGUGUGGUGGCAUGUCAACUGGACUGUGCUUAGGUGCUAAAGCUUCAUCAGUUAACCUUGUCACGAAAUGGGCUGUUGAUAGUGACAAGUCUGCUAGUGAAAGCUUGAAACUAAACCAUCCAGGCACGCAUGUGCGAAAUGAAUCUGCUGAGGACUUUCUGGAACUAUUGAAGGAGUGGGAAAAGCUAUGCAAACGGUAUAAUGCCACUGAUGCAGAAAGAACAUUUCCAAUUCGAUCCAAUUGUUCAGGAGCAAAGAAACAAUUGAGUUCAGAAGUUCAUGGCACUGCCGCUGGCACAUUUGAAGUUUCUAAGUUUGUUGAUAUUUGCUUUGGUGAUCCCAAUGAAACUGGGAAACGUGGUCUAUAUUUGAAGGUGCAUUGGAAGGGUUGCAGUGCAAGUAAAAACACAUGGGAACCAAUUAAAAGCUUAAGUAAGUGUAAGGAAAGCAUACGGGAUUUUGUGAGGAAAGGGAUGAAAUCAAAAAUCUUGCCUCUUCCUGGUGAAGUUGAUGUUAUUUGUGGGGGUCCUCCUUGUCAAGGAAUUAGUGGAUAUAAUCGCUAUAGAAACUCUGAAUCACCAUUGGAUGAUGAAAGGAAUCGACAGAUUGUGAUUUUCAUGGACAUGGUGAAAUUUUUGAAGCCUAGGUAUGUGUUAAUGGAGAAUGUGGUUGACAUAUUGAGAUUUGACCAGGGUUCACUUGGAAGAUAUGCAUUAAGUCGUUUGGUACAUAUGAACUACCAAGCAAGACUGGGAAUCAUUGCGGCUGGAUGUUAUGGUCUUCCACAAUUUCGAUUGCGUGUUUUCUUGUGGGGUGCUCAUCCUAGUGAGCAGGUUAUACCCCAAUUUCCACUGCCAACACAUGAUGUUAUCGUCCGAUACUGGCCUCCACCAGAGUUUGAUCGCAAUGUUGUUGCUUAUGAUGAAGACCAACCUCGUGAUGAAUUAGAGAAAGCUACUGUUAUUCAAGAUGCCAUCUCUGAUCUUCCUGCUGUCAAAAACACUGAAACGCGUGAUGAAAUGCCAUAUCGAAAUCCUCCAGAAACAGAAUUUCAAAGAUAUAUUCGGUCAACUAAGUAUGAGAUGACUGGGACAACUUCAAAUGGAACAACAGAGAAAAGGCCUUUAUUGUAUGAUCACCGUCCCUACUUUUUGUUUGAAGAUGACUACCUACGUGUUUGUCAAAUUCCAAAACGCAAGGGUGCAAAUUUCCGUGAUCUGCCUGGCUUAAUUGUAGGAGCUGACAAUGUGGUUAGGCGGCAUCCGGCCGAGAAACCAAUUUUGCUACCAUCUGGAAAGCCAUUGGUCCCAGAUUAUUGCUUCACUUAUGAGCAAGGGAAGUCUAAGAGACCAUUUGCACGGUUGUGGUGGGAUGAGAAUCUUCCUACUGCACUGACCUUCCCAAGUUGUCAUAAUCAGGUUGUACUACAUCCGGAGCAGGAUCGAGUCCUCACUGUACGAGAAUUUGCCAGACUGCAAGGAUUUCCUGAUUAUUAUAGAUUCUAUGGGACUGUAAAAGAGAGGUACUGCCAAAUUGGAAAUGCAGUUGCUGUUCCUGUUGCACGAGCUUUAGGUUAUGCCCUAGGACUUGCUUACAGAAAGCUCAGUGGAGAUGAGCCACUUAUGACCCUUCCACCUAAAUUCUCUCACUCCACUUAUCUUCAGUUAUCUAAUAAUCAGCCUGGUGGCAACACUGACUAGCAUUCAUCCUAUUAUUUCCAUUGAUUUCACUAGAACCAUUGUUUAUAUUUAAUUGUUUCUGAGCAAUUUUCCUUCAUGUAUCCGGUGAACUAUUCUCAGCAACUCCCUUUUAUUUAUUUGCAUACCUGCUUAGAUAGUGAGUAAAUACGUUUAAGAUUUAAUUUAAGAAGUCAUCUUGAGAAUUGCUUUCUUUCUAGGAGUUAGUGAUUCUUUCAUUAUGUAAUUCCAUGCAAGUAGACAGGUGAUGUGAGAUUUGCACAUCAAUACCAUUUUUCAAUCUAAUUGGGUGGAAUGAAAAUUUCAAUUUACGUUGGAGGCUUUAA